AUGGUUCGGCCCUCUGCCUCCCCCGCCUCCAAGGCCGUCGCCCUCGCCUUCGCACAAGCGGUCUCCCGAGCCGUCCCUGCCUCCUUCAGCCACCUCUUCAUCCCCCGCAAGGGCCGCCUCUCCCUCUACGACGCCCUCUGUGACUGCAUCCCGGCCGCCGCCCGUAGCGCGGAGCAGACGUUCGGGGGGUACGGGGUGAGGGAGGUGGAGUUCAACAAGGUCCUCGAGCACAACGGCUUCACCAAGAUCCGCGACCGCUGCAUCCUCCCCGACGAGGUGGAGGCGACGGACUUCUCGAGGAGCAGCAGCGCGCGCUACUUCUUCUCCAACCGCCGCUGGAGGAACCCCGACGACCCCCACGAGCUCCAGGAGCUCCGGCAGGCCUGGCUCAAGCUCCGCCAGCUCGCGUGGAUGCUCGGGGCGGACGUGAGCCUGGAGG